AUGGUGGAAAUGUCACCAAAUUGUCCUAGAUGUGGCUCUUCUAAUACUAAGUUUUGUUAUUACAACAAUUAUAGCCUCACCCAACCUCGCUACUUCUGCAAGGGCUGUCGUCGGUACUGGACUAAAGGCGGUUCGCUUCGUAACAUUCCUAUUGGUGGUGGCUGUCGGAAGAAUCGACGACCGGCUAAACCUUUAGCCCUAACCCCAUCCUCCUCAACCUCUAAAUUUCACAAUGAUAGAAGCUGCCUCGGUCACCACCACCGUCUCCCGGACCCCAACGGGUCGCCAACUAUCGACUUGGCGGUCGUCUACGCCAAUUUUGUGAACCAGAAGCCAGACAUGCCGGGGACUUUUCCGAUGACCGAUACUACUGCAUCGAACGGAGCUGGGAACUUCUUGGGUUCGGGUGAGAGUGGUGGAAAUUUUUGUGAGUUUUCCAUGCAGGAAUGUGGGUUAGGGGCCAGUGAUUAUCAAGUGGCGGAUUGCUUUGGGUUAGAGGAGAAGAAUGAUGAUCAAGUGGCGGCGGCGGCGGCGGCUCGUGAGCUUCAAUUGCCACCGUUGCCGGGGGAGGACAUGGUCGUUGGCGGUUGGUCAAGCUCUAUGAUAAUGGUGAAUCAUCUUUGUUUGCAACCAACAAGAGUGGAAAUGUUUGGAAUGGAAGCUCAAGAUCCAAAUUUGGUUGGUGGCAAUUGGAGCCCUAUUGAUUUGCCAAGUAAUUAUGAUACAUUUUCAAGGGCUUAA